AUGCGAGCGCACGUUCGACUUCAAAAGGAACAUCCAUCCCGACGCAUGGCUCUUGCCGGAUAUAACGCGACCUUCUCGGAACGUCCUGAGACUCCAGCCGCUCCAUCCCUUUCGAUCCCAUUUCUCCGCGAUCCGGAUUUCAUCGACCGUGCGACGAUCCUGAAUCAGCUCCAGGACCGAUGUGCUACACCAGGAUCCAGGACGGCGCUGGUAGGUUUGGGUGGUGUUGGCAAGUCACAACUCGCGAUUGAAUAUGCAUACCGAAUCCACGAGCGAGAGCCGGAAACGUGGAUUUUUUGGAUCCAUGCGAGUAACGCCGCCCGGUUUAAGCAGAGCUAUGAAGAGCUUGCCGAAACUAUCAAGCUCUUUGGGUGGCGAGACCCCAAGUCUAACAUCUUCAAGCUUGUACAUGACUGGCUACGAGAUAACAAGAAUAGAAAGUGGAUUCUUAUACUUGACAACGUUGAUAAUGCUCAUUUCCUCAUCAACCGCUCUGAUAAUAUACAGGAUCAGGCUGGUUAUGAAACUAGCAGAGCAGAUCGAUCACUGCGAGAUUAUCUUCCCCAAAGCCCAAACGGAUCUAUUUUGAUAACAUCACGAAACAGGGAGGCUGCAUUAAAACUAGUGAACCAGCACGACAUUAUUUCAGUGGAGCCGAUGGAUGGUACACAGGCACAAGCACUGUUCGAGACGAAGCUGGGAAAGCAGGAUGAGCAACAGCACGAUAGCCAGGAUGUUGCAGAACUAGCAGCAGCAUUGAAUUUCAUCCCACUCGCGAUCGUCCAAGCGGCGGCAUAUAUUUCCGACCCAGAUCGGGGCUGUUCGGUACGACAAUAUGUUAACGAGUUCCAGAAGAAUGAUCGCAAGAAGAUCCGUCUGUUAGACCAUGAGGAGGGCCAGUUUCGUCGAGAUCGCGAGGCUGAGAACAAAGUCCUGAUCACAUGGCAGAUCUCAUUUGAGAGCAUCCGCGAAAGCCGACGAUCCGCGGCUGAUCUAUUGUCGUUGAUGAGUUUCUUCGACCGCCAAGGAAUUCCCAAGGCUCUCCUCUACAACCAUAGUGGCGGAGACGUGGAAGAAACUCAUAGUGACGACGAUCACGACAGUGAAGCACUGUCUAGCGUGACGGAUAAGUUCAAUGAUGAUAUUCUCAUGUUACGGAGGUACUCCUUGAUCUCAAUGAACAUAGACCGAACGGCCUUCAGUAUGCACAACCUGGUGCAGGUUGCAACACGAACAUGGCUGGCAGCAAAUGGCGAGCUGGAAAGGUGGCAGUCGGAAUAUAUCCGGAAUUUGAAUGCGGAGUUACCUAGUGGAGAGUAUGAGAACUGGGAACAAUGCCAGAUACUGUUCCCGCAUGCGAAGUCCGCCGCAAAGCUACAGCCGGAAGGCCGGGACGCUUUAAUUGAAUGGGCUUCGGUGCUGUAUAAGGCUGCAUGGUAUGACUGGAGAAAUGGUAAUGGUGGUGAGGGAGCAAAGCUGUCAGUCAGAGCAAUGAAGACUUGGAAGAGGUACCUAGGUCCAGAACAUGAAAAGACGUUAAGCAGUAUGGAACUUGUAGGAUUGAUAAACUUGCUUCAAGGUCGAUGGGAAGAAGCGGAAGAGCUGUUUGUGCAGGUGAUGGAAACGAGGAAGAGGGUGCUGGGUGCGGAGCAUCCUGACACGCUGACCAGCAUGGCCAACCUGGCGUCAACGUACUGGAAUCAAGGACGAUGGAAAGAGGCGGAAGAGCUGUUUGUGCAGGUGAUGGAGACGAGGAAGAGGGUACUGGGUGCGGAGCAUCCUGACACGCUUAUCAGCAUGGCCAACCUGGCGUCGACGUACAGGAAUCAAGGACGAUGGAAAGAGGCGGAAGAGCUGGAAGUGCAGGUGGUGGAGACAACAAAGAGGGUGCUAGGUGCGGAGCAUCCUAACACACUGACCAGCAUGGGCAACCUGGCAUCGACGUACAGGAAUCAAGGACGAUGGAAAGAGGCGGAAGAGCUGGAAGUGCAGGUGGUGGAGACAACAAAGAGGGUGCUGGGUGCGGAGCAUCCUGACACGCUGACCAGCAUGGCCAACCUGGCGUCAACGUACAGGAAUCAAGGACGAUGGAAAGAGGCGGAAGAGCUGGAAGUGCAGGUGAUGGAGACGAGGAAGAUGGUGCUGGGUGCAGAGCAUCCUGACACGCUGACCAGCAUGGCCAACCUGGCGUCGACGUACAGGAAUCAAGGACAAUGGAAAGAGGCGGAAGAGCUGGAAGUGCAGGUGAUGGAGACGAGGAAGAGGGUGCUGGGUGCGGAGCAUCCUGACACGCUGACCAGCAUGGCCAACCUGGCGUCGACGUACAGGAAUCAGGGGCGAUUGAAAGAGGCAGAAGAGCUAGAGGUGCAGGUGAUGGAGGCGAGGAAGAUGGUGCUGGGUGCAGAGCAUCCUGACACGCUGACCAGCAUGGGCAACCUGGCGUCGACGUACUGGAAUCAAGGACGAUGGAAAGAGGCGGAAGAGCUGGAAGUGCAGGUGAUGGAGACAACAAAGAGGGUGCUGGGUGCGGAGCAUCCUAACACGCUGACCAGCAUGGCCAACCUGGCGUCAACGUACAGGAAUCAAGGACGAUGGAAAGAGGCGGAAGAGCUUUUUGUGCAGGUGGUGGAGACAACAAAGAGGGUGCUGGGUGCGGAGCAUCUUAACACGCUGACCAGCAUGGCCAACCUGGCGUCGACGUACUGGAAUCAAGGACGAUGGAAAGAGGCGGAAGAGCUGGAAGUGCAGGUGAUGGAGACGAGGAAGAGGGUACUUGGUGCGGAGCAUCCUGACACGCUGACCAGCAUGGCCAACCUAGCCUUUACUUGGAAAGAGCAGGGCCGCGAUGUGGAAGCCCUUAACCUAAUGAAGGACUGUGUAUACCUACAGUCAAAAGUUCUAGGAGUUGAGCACCCUAAUACUCUGUCAUCCGCUGCGGCAUUGAUUUGUUGGCAGACUGAAGUCUUAGGUAUUGAUAUACCAGUAGCCAAUGAGGCUAUGUUACCCCACGUGAGCACGCUUCCACUAGCGGCAGAUCCUCCGGAAGAUCCAUACAACUUUAAUCAUCCUUUUGAUAGAAAACCACAGUACGAGAUCCAAAUGGCGCCAAGACUAGCAGUAUCAACUCGAGAGUUUACACGAGAUAUGAUUCUGAGUAAUGAACUCACUACCUCCCAGAUCGCCGAAGCUGCCCAGUGCCAUCCAAGUACAAUCAGACGACAUCGUUCCAACUUACGCCUGUUUGGUAGCGUGACAGCGCCUUCAAAUAAAAGUGGGCGCCCGCGCCGUCUUACGCCGGUAAUGAUCGAGGCUCUUUGUGAUCACCUGCUCGAAAAGCCUCAGUUAUAUCUGGAUGAGAUGGCAAUCUUUAUAUGGGACGACUUCGGCGUACAAGUGAAAACGUGGGAUAUUAGUCGUGCUCUCAAACGGGAAGGCUGGUCCAAAAAGACUUCCAAACAAAAAGCUAGCCAGAGAAAUGCUGAUUUACGGGACGGAUAUAUGCAUUUGAUAUCUGAUUUUCGAUCAUAUCACCUAGUAUAUGUGGAUGAAUCAGGAUGUGACAAGAGAGCAGGCUUCAGAAGGACAGGAUGGUCACCUCUUGGCGUAGCGCCAGCUCAGGUAACCAAAUUUCAUCGCGAUCAACGUUAUCAAAUUCUCCCAGCCUAUGCCCAGGAUGGAGUUAUCAUGUAUUACGUCUUCAAAGGCUCCACGGACGCUUCAUUCUUCGAAAACUUCAUUGAGGAGCUGCUUCAUCAUUGUGGGAAAUGGCCAGAACCGAAGUCGGUUAUCGUUAUGGAUAAUGCUUCAUUUCACCAUUCCAAAAAUAUCGAGACGAUGUGUUCAAAAGCCGGAGUCAAACUUGUAUAUUUGCCCCCGUACUCUCCAGAUUUGAACCCAAUUGAAGAGCUCUUUGCUGAGCUAAAAGCCUUCAUCAAGCGUCAUUGGCAAACUUACGCCGACAACCCUGACCAAGGAUUCGAUACAUUCCUAGAAUGGUGCAUUGAUACUGUGGGUAGAAGGGAGCAAAGUGCAGAAGGACAUUUCCGGAACUCUGGCCUGGCAAUUGAAAAGAUGUGAUGCAAGUUUAUCGACGUCAUUUAUGCAAUGGUGGCAACAUUGUGUUAGCAUAAAUUUAGCACUGCUGCUCUCCCCGACCCUCCUUUGCUAAAGAUAGCAGAAAAUAUAAUAG